CGCCAGUUUACGCGGGGAUCGCGCCUAUGACGACUGCCACUAACCUGCUCCGGUUUAGGGAAACGUUUAUUCCUGCUCGAUCCAAUAUCAAAUGCUAUCAGCAGUGCCUGCAUAUAGUUGCCUCGACCCCGACAUCCCAGCUCAGCUUCUCAUAGCCAUUUCUUUCUCUGAGGUGAGGCUGUAUUGGUAGCCCUUUAGAUAGCCACCGAAACCUUUGCUAUAUCGAUCACCACGCUUUUACGCCUUUCCGUCCUAAGCCCCCAUCAGCCAAAAGCCAAAAAAUAUGGCCCCCGUAACCCAACCAGCGGAGGAACAAUGGCUCUCUCAGCUAGCCGCCAUGAGGCAAGCCAUGGCAGACCUAAACCUCCCCAAGACAGGAGACUCAAUUCCCUACGGGCAGGAUCUCUGCCUCGACGACGAUGAAUUUUCUUCCGCACCUGAAUCGGUUGAAGAUUUGUGGGAUAUCAUAAGCGAGGAUGACGAUGACGAUAGAACAAGCGACGAUUCUGAUGUGAUGGUGGAUAGCAGAGUGAAUGGGCAGGAAACCCCGAAACAAAAAGGGAUGUACAACCACGAAUGGCUUGAAGACAAAUGUCAGGCGGUUGCAGCGCGGAAUUCUAGCCUCAAUGCCUCCGAACUUAAGCAGCAACUCAUGUCUGUGCUGGCCGCAGAUGCCUCGCCUGACGAAUUACAAAUAUCAUUAACUGAAAUUGUAGGAUUCAACGAUUUGGAUUUUGUCAUUGACCUCAUUGCGCAUCGACAUCAAUUAACCUCACCGGAAGGUUUACAUGACCAUGAGCAUAUACUUAGCCGGUUGCAAACUAAGAGCCAGCGGGAGGAGUCCUUACGCCGACAGGACUACGAGCAUAAACACGCAAGAUUAGCACCGAAACAGGAUCGUGAGGGGCCUAUCUAUCCACAUGUAUACAAGUCGCAUCAGGCUGGGAAUACCCUCUCAGUCAAUGGGAGAAAGUACGGUCUUCCCAUUGGUAGUAGACACAUUGAGGAACAAAGAUAUACAGAGUACGCCAUUCCUGCUGCCAAAGUUGGAACACUUGGUGUUGGGCAGAAGUUGGUUGCUAUUUCAGAAAUGGAUGGUCUCUGCCGGGGCACAUUCAGUGGAUACAAGUCACUAAACCGCAUGCAGAGUUUGCUCUAUCAGGUUGCGUACAAGACAAAUGAGAAUAUGCUUAUCUGCGCACCCACUGGUGCUGGUAAAACAGAUGCUGCCAUGCUGACUAUUCUGAAUGUGAUUGCCAAAAACACCACUCCCAGCCCUAUUGAAAACCAGGAUGCCACGGAGUUUGCCGUAAUGACGGAUGAAUUCAAAAUUGUCUACGUUGCACCCAUGAAAGCCCUGGCCGCAGAAGUAACGGAGAAGUUAGGGAAGCGUCUGGCCUGGCUUGGGAUCGAGGUUCGCGAGCUAACUGGAGAUAUGCAACUGUCCAAAAAGGAAAUCGUGCAGACUCAAAUCAUCGUUACAACCCCGGAAAAGUGGGAUGUGGUAACCCGCAAGGGAACUGGUGAUACGGAGUUGGUGCAAAAAGUCCGCUUAUUGAUCAUUGAUGAAGUCCAUAUGUUGCACGACGAGCGAGGAGCUGUGAUAGAAUCUCUUGUUGCGAGGACCCAGCGACAAGUUGAGAGUACGCAGUCGCUGAUUCGCAUAGUAGGACUAUCUGCUACCCUGCCAAACUAUAUCGAUGUCGCAGAUUUCCUCAAAGUCAACCGGAUGGCGGGAUUAUUCUAUUUUGAUGCUUCGUUCCGACCUGUGCCCCUUGAACAACAUUUUGUUGGCGUGAAGGGUGACCCCAAAAAGUCCAGAGAAAACUUAGAUAUUGUCUGCUUCGAGAAGGUUCGAGAUAUGCUUGAAAGGGGUCAUCAAGUCAUGGUCUUCGUUCAUUCUCGGAAAGAAACUUUGAAUGCUGCACGGCUUUUGUAUCAGAUGGCAGUAGAGAACCAGUGUGCAGACCUCUUUAGCCCCUUAGAACAUAAAAAUUACUCGCAAGCGCUACGAGAUGUGAAAACAAGUCGUGGUCGGGAGCUUCGUGACCUCGUCCCCAAAGGCCUUGGAACCCACCACGCGGGAAUGGCUAGAUCGGAUCGCAACCUCAUGGAACGUCUAUUUGCUGAGGGCGUGCUAAAGGUCCUGUGCUGUACAGCGACUCUUGCCUGGGGUGUCAAUCUUCCAGCUGCCGCGGUCAUCAUCAAAGGAACCCAGCUAUACAGCGCUCAGGAAGGAAAAUUCAUCGACCUUGGCAUUCUAGAUGUCCUUCAGAUAUUCGGUCGAGCUGGUCGCCCUCAGUUCCAAGACACAGGUAUUGGCUUUAUCUGCACAACGCAUAACAAAUUGCAACAUUACCUGUCCGCCGUAACUUCCCAGGAGCCCAUAGAGUCGAGAUUCUCUCGUAAACUGGUUGAUAAUUUGAACGCCGAGGUCUCUCUGGGAACUGUGACAUCUGUUUCUGAGGCUGUUCAAUGGCUUGGAUAUUCGUAUCUGUUCGUACGCAUGCGUCGCAAUCCACACAGCUAUGGAAUUGACUGGGCUGAAAUUCGAGACGAUCCCCAACUUGUCCUUAGAAGGCGAGAUUUGAUUAUCAAAGCCGCGCGCACCCUUCAGAAGAGCCAAAUGAUUAUAUUUAACGAGCGAACUGAGGAGCUUCGCGCAAAGGAUGUUGGUAGAAUUGCUAGCCAAUACUAUGUAUUGCAAACGAGUGUGGAAAUAUUCAACGUCAUGAUGAAGCCGAUGGCCAGCGAUGCGGAUGUUAUGAAAAUGAUCAGCAUGAGUGGGGAGUUUGACAAUAUCCAGUCCCGGGAAAAUGAAUUCAAAGAGCUUGAAAGGCUCCGUUUAGAGGCGUUGAAAACGGAGGUUGAAGGAACGAUUGACACCGCCCAUGCGAAAACCAAUAUAUUACUUCAGGCCUACAUUUCUCGAGCUAGGAUCGAAGAUUUUGCCCUGGUGUCCGAUUCAGCCUAUGUGGCUCAGAACUCCGCGCGUAUUUGUCGCGCCUUGUUCAUGGUUGCUCUGAAUAGACGUUGGGGAUAUCAAUGUCAAGUAUUAUUGUCCACGUGCAAAUCGAUAGAGAAGCAAUUAUGGCCAUUCCAACAUCCCUUUCACCAAUUUGAUCUCCCACAACCGAUCCUGAAAAACUUGGAUGAAAAAUUCCCAGCAUCAUCCAUCGAAUCGUUGAGGGACAUGGAACCGCCUGAAAUCGGACAACUUGUCCAUAACCAUCGCAUGGGGACCACCAUCUCGAAGCUGCUAGAUAACUUUCCAACGUUAAGCGUGGAGGCUGAGAUCGCUCCACUGAACCGUGAUGUUCUCCGUAUUCGUCUUUAUCUAUAUCCUGAGUUUCGCUGGAAUGAUAGACACCACGGGACUUCCGAGCCUUACUGGAUCUGGGUUGAGAACUCGGAGACAUCUGAGAUUUAUCAUCACGAAUAUUUCAUUCUGAGUAGGAAAAAGCUCAACGAUAACCAUGAGAUGAAUUUCACAAUCCCUCUUUCUGAUCCAUUGCCUAGCCAGAUAUAUGUUCGCGCUAUCUCCGAUCGAUGGCUUGGUGCAGAAACUGUUACUCCUGUCUCAUUCCAGCAUCUUAUCCGACCGGAUACAGAAAGCGUGUAUACGGAUUUACUUGAUCUGCAACCCCUUCCGGUGUCCGCGCUUAAAAACCCCAUUCUCGAGGAGAUAUAUGCGCAGCGGUUUCAAUUUUUCAACCCUAUGCAGACGCAGAUAUUCCAUACCCUUUAUCACACACCUGCCAAUGUUCUCCUCGGUUCGCCAACGGGCAGUGGUAAAACUGUCGCCGCGGAGCUAGCAAUGUGGUGGGCCUUUCGCGAGAAGCCAGGCUCCAAGGUUGUCUACAUUGCACCCAUGAAAGCCCUCGUUCGAGAGCGAGUGCAUGACUGGCGACGUCGGUUGACUGCGCCCAUGGGCCUGAAGCUAGUUGAACUCACGGGCGACAACACACCAGACACGAGAACAAUCCGCGAUGCGGACAUCAUUAUCACCACACCUGAAAAAUGGGACGGAAUUUCUCGAAGUUGGCAAACAAGAGGAUAUGUUCGUCAAGUCAGCCUAGUUAUUAUAGACGAAAUCCACUUGCUCGGCGGUGAUAGAGGGCCCAUUUUGGAGAUUAUCGUUUCCCGGAUGAAUUACAUUGCCUCUCAAUCCAAGGGCGCCGUUCGGCUACUUGGUAUGUCCACGGCAUGCGCCAAUGCUACCGAUCUUGGAAAUUGGCUAGGUGUUAAGGAAGGACUGUUCAACUUCCGUCACUCUGUCCGACCAGUUCCACUAGAAAUAUUCAUCGACGGCUUCCCUGAACAGCGUGGCUUCUGUCCACUAAUGCAGUCGAUGAACCGACCCACAUUCCUUGCGAUAAAGAACCAUUCUCCAGAGAAACCCGUAAUUGUCUUUGUAGCGUCUCGGAGACAAACACGUCUCACCGCAAAAGAUCUGAUUAACUUCUGCGGCAUGGAAGAUAACCCACGCCGGUUCCUUCACAUGUCUGAAGACGACUUGCAGCUGAACCUUUCUCGCGUCAAAGAUGACGCGCUUAAAGAAGCGCUCAGCUUUGGAAUCGGUCUCCAUCAUGCCGGUCUCGUUGAAUCGGACAGGCAAUUAUCAGAAGAGCUUUUUGCGAACAAUAAAGUCCAAAUCCUAGUUGCAACCAGCACGCUCGCUUGGGGUGUUAACCUUCCCGCCCAUCUGGUAGUUGUGAAAGGGACACAGUUUUUCGACGCGAAAAUCGAAGGUUAUAAAGAUAUGGACCUGACUGACGUUCUUCAAAUGCUGGGCCGUGCUGGACGUCCCCAGUUUGAUUCUUCAGGUAUCGCCCGCAUUUUCACACAGGAUUCCAAAAAGGCUUUCUACAAGCACUUCCUCCACACUGGCUUCCCUGUAGAAUCUACCUUGCAUCAAGUUCUUCAUGACCAUUUGGGAGCAGAAGUCUCCGCAGGAACCAUCACAACGAAACAGGAUGCUCUGGAUUACCUAACUUGGACAUUCUUUUUCCGCCGUCUGCAUAAGAACCCUUCUUACUACGGCCUUGAAAUUUCCGCCGAAGAACACAACACCAUGGCGGCGCAGCAAAUGGCAUCCGAUUUCAUGAUAGAUCUGGUCGACAAAUCUCUAGAAGAACUUGCAGAGUCCUCCUGUGUUUUAUUGGAUUCUGCAACUGGUUAUGUGGACCCGACUCCAUACGGCAAGAUAAUGAGUUAUUACUAUCUUUCUCACAAAACCAUCCGAUACGUCAUGUCUCAUGCAAAGCCGAACCCAACCUUUGCCGAUGCACUCAGUUGGAUGUGUUCCGCCACAGAAUUCGACGAACUCCCGGUGCGUCACAAUGAGGAUCUCAUCAACGCUGAGCUGGCGCAGAAUCUUCCCCUCCCAAUCACCACGAUGGGUUCCUCACUACCCAUGUGGGACCCACACAUCAAAGCCUUCCUCUUACUUCAGGCGUUCAUGUCCCGCAUCGAUCUGCCGAUAACCGACUACGUGGGCGACCAAAUCUCUGUUCUUGACCAAGGCAUCCGUAUUAUUCAAGCUUGCAUUGACCUGCUUGCCGAACUGGGUUACCCCAAUGCAUGCACCAUGAUGAUGACAUUGCUCCAAUGCAUAAAAUCUGCCCGUUGGCCAGAUGACCACCCUCUCUCCAUUCUUCCUGGCGUCGACCCAACAAUAACUGGCGAAACAGCAUCCGGAAAACAUCUUCCCUCGUCUCUGCCCUCCCUGCUCUCCCUCCCCCAAUCAACUCUCACUACCCUCCCACGCACCCUCAACCUCUCCCAACAAACAUCCACGCAGUUCUUAAAAGCCCUAUCCCUCCUUCCUACCGUCUCAAUCUCCCUGUCAGAACACUCAUCCGCCGGUUUGACAUUAUUUCUCACGCGCAAAUCUCCCAUCCCUUUGCGCGGUGCACAGCGGAAACCCACCACCCAAGAUGGCGAUCAAUCGUUCCGCAUCUACGCGCCACAUUUCCCAAAACCACAGACAGAGGGCUGGUUUGUGCUUGUUACUUCCAACGCAGAUUUGAGUGCCGGGGCACGUGAGGACAUCCUCGCUCUCAAGCGGGUUUCCUGGGCAUCUUCGGCUGGCGCUUCUCGGGCAAACGGGCGGGAUUAUGUCGUGGCGAGAGCCAAGGUGAGGUUUCCAGAGGGGUGGAAUAGAGAUGCUAGUCGCGCCGAGGGUGUUGAAGUUGGUUCAGGAAGUAGUGGUGCUGUUGAGAAGGGUGAAGACAAGGGCACGCGGGAGGGCAAAGGGAAGGAUAUUAGGGAUGGGUUGGGGGGUGAGAAAUUGAAUGUGAAGGUUCGCGUGAUUAGCGAUGCGUAUGUUGGGUUGGAGUGGAGUAUGGUCUGUUAAGUAUUUGUAAAUAGGGGCGACAACAAUUGGGUGGGAGUCUGGUGCAUAUAUGAAACGUGAAACAAUGCUGUGUUAGAAAGAGGAGUUCAUGAAUGAUUCAACGAAUCAAACACUUUCUUUAUGAGAUGUUGCAUCAAGGUAUCUCAAGAGUGUCAACUUCUUUGUCCCCAGUUUGACGCCACGUUAGUUUGCAGUUAACGAUGAGAAUCUAAUUAGAUCGAGGUCAGAGGUGAGGUUUCGGGCUAGUUAAGCCGCGUGUUUUGACAAUGCUAAAGUAUAUAUGUAUAUAUAUACCAGAGAAAUGGGCUAUGCAAAUGCUAUUGUGAUAGUAAGGGAAGAUGAAGACGAGGAAAAUUUGAUAGAAAAGAGAAUAUACCUCUAGAGAAUAUAACCAUCGCCUUUCCAGGAUCACUACUAUAAUAUCAUUGUAUUCUUUUUAUAUUUCAAAACAUCCGUU